UUGGAAGUGCGUUAUUACUGAAAUGCCCCACUUUAUAGAGGUCGACGUGCACAUGUGCAUCAAGCGCACAUUCGUGACUUUCACAGCUUUCAUAGUAGAACACUGGAACCCUUCGCUUGAAAUUAACAAAAGGUGCUUAAACCCUUGGAAGGCUGUGUCUAAGAUGUCUGUUCCAACCAUUCUCGCGAGGUUAUCUACUCGUUCUCCAUCUCUGGUUCGCAAACUCUAUAAGAAUGAGAUCUCACCUGCAAUUUCUUCAUUCAAGUCGAGCUCUCAGUCUCAGGUUUCUGCCUCUGCAAAGCGCAUUUAUGGGACUUCAAGAUUACCGUUGGAGUUGAGCAGCUUGGUAUCAAUGAUGCCUUUGCAUAGCGCAAUCGCUUCAGCUCGUCUGAGAUCGAGCCUGUCGAUAGAAUCACAGAGCUGGGGAUUGAUUCCUCAAGGCAUCUCAAUGCCUUUAUGAUAGCAUGUCUUUUGGUGGUGGCUGUUUCACCUGGCAGAUUUUAUGUUAGGCGGGAAUGUAAGAUCCAUGUUGACGACUUCACCCUUUUUUUACUUUGAAUUGUAAGAACUAAACUGUCGAAGAGGAUGUUCUUUGGUACUUUACAUGAACAUUUGGCUUUCAUAAAUGUUAUUUAGGGCUUCGGUUCCCUAAUGCAUCCA